AAAAACAAUUACAACAAAGGUUAAAACUCUUCUCGCUCAGGGGCAACGGCCGAGAUUUCACACAUUUGAGAUGUUGCCUCGGUUAGGAAAAAUAGGACCAGGGUCUUGAUAGUAGAAACUUAAUUUGAAUAUAGCAUUCCCUAUAUAUGUAUACAAUCAAACAAUAAUAAAUAUUAAGUUAGAUAAAAAAACCUGCAUCGCUUUUUUAUGAUAAUUGCAUAUUAAUUGCUAUUAUUUAACAACAAUUUUCGAACUAAACCAUUAAUUAUACACAAAGUCAAGCUGACAAAGCAACAUCUAUGAAGUAAAAAAGUGUCCUACCUAUCUGGAUUUUUAUUAUCGAUCGUACGAAAAGGCUGCAUACUGCAUUUACUUAAGCUAAACAAAUAGUAAAGAUAAAAAUACAAGUGGUGAUAAAGGAGAUAACCGUCGAUAAUUCGUACUUUCCACGCAAGCCUUAAUCAGUACUACGCCCAUCGUUGUUACAAAAAAGAAUGUUAUUUAUGUGAAAACAUAAUAAUAACAAUAAUCUGAGAAUCUAAGAGAGAAUCCAGUUUCACUCCACCGACAUGGACACGGACAUACUAGUACGGCAAAACGCAGUUGAAAAACUAGACAACCCAAACCAAAUAGACAGCGGCUGCGAAACGAGCACUACAAAGUCGACAGAGGAAAUUUUACUAACAACUACGAUAGUUACGGAAGAAAUAUGUACUGACAAUAACGACGUGUUAGUUUUGAGAACGACACCCGAAAGUAACAGAAGAAUUAUCAAUAAAUCAGCUUAUGCUAAGUUACACAGAUCUUUAUCCCCAACAAGACAGCUCGAUUACAUCAAAUCUAGAUACGAAACAAACGAUAUCGAAAUAAAUAAAAGUGAUACCGAAAAAUCUAAAUUGCAUCGAAAUUCGGCUAUCAAGCUAAACAAACAAGAAGCAGAUUCGACCAGAAUUAAAUCGAAACUACCACUUCCUAAAUCUAAAGCAACGAUAAAAAACGAGAACAAAUUACCGGUACAGAAAGGAGUAGAAAAAUCCAAAUAUCGGCACAGCCUUAUUCUGGAUAGAAAAUCGAAAAAAAAAGAUGAAAAUUCGAAUGAAGUAUUCAGAAAAAGCAGCUCGAGUUCAGGAGAAUUUAUUACUAUAGUACCCAGAUCCGAAUCGAUUGAAACCGUCGAUAAAUUAGAACACGAACUUAGUUUAUUCACAAUGGAUAAAAAACCCAAAGAUAAAAAACGCGCCAACAGCUUUAGGAAAAUAUUCACUGGUAAAAUUUUUAGUAAAGAAAAGAAGAAAAAAGAUGAUACUGAACAACAAAGGAAAACUGUUAACAUCGAUAACAUCCAAAAUGAAAACAACGCUUUUUCAAGACAGUUUCCUUAUAGACACAGCAUGGGAAAUACCAAUAUACCAAAACCAACUAAAAUACCACAAAUAGAAGAAAAGCACCAACAACCUAUAAAUAUUGAAGAAAUAGAAAAGAAAUAUGCACAAAUGCACGUUAAAGAAUUCAAUAAUAUUAAACACAACUUCGAAAAUCCAAAAAGUCCCGAAACACCUGAUAAACCUGUACAAACUGUAAACCCUGGUCCCAUGGAUUUCAAAAAAGUAGCAAAUAUAAACAAAUUUAUCGAUACUAGUUCUUCAGCAAGUACGAUGGAAUCCGAUAGGGAAAAUUCUAUUAAACAAUUCAAUCAAGACACAGAAAAUCCGUAUAGAUCUCUGAGAUUUGCAGAUAAUCAAAGGAAUACGCCUCCAAGAGCACAAGAACUCAGACAAAUACAAGACGUAAAACUAGUAAAUCCAAAAGCCUUAAUCCCUAUCAAUUCAGAAAGACCUUUACCUAAUCCUUACCAAAACAUCGCUUCAAGCAAACCAAAAGUUAGUCCCAAACCACAAUUAACUCGAACUGCUCAUCAUAGUCCUUCCCCAAAACCAAAUAAUACUACUCACUUCAACUAUCCCGAACAAGAACCUAAACCUGUAUUUGAUGAAACCUAUGGCACUGUUUUCGAUAGUUUGGAAUUGAAGAAAGAAGUUCCAGUUCAAAAAAUAAUUCUAAAACCACCAAGAUCACCUUCACUAGAACCAACCAAACUAAAAUUGCCACCAAAUAGAGAUGUCGGUCCGAUGUCUCCAAGAAUGAAAUCACCGAUUCCUCAACAUCAUGUUAGUGCCGAAAAGCUAAUAGCUACAGAACUACUGAGAAGCUCUAGAUCACCGACACCAACUAAAAAGAGACCAAACCAACUCGUUUCGAAUCAACAGAGACAGGAGACUAAUAUAGAUUUUUCAGAUAAUGAAAGUAUGCGGCCAAUUUUAUCAACUAAACCUCCAAUUUCUAGAAUGCCUGAACAUGUUUCAAGAAUCACUUCACUAUCGUCAAAUUAUGAAAAUAAAAAUUAUCGAUCUACGGAGUAUAUAAAUAUUCCUAGACAACAAAUGACUACAUUUGUCGGUUCACACGAAAAACUUUCAGCUUCCAAAAUCCCUGAACAAAUUCAAAGAACACCGAAUCAUGAAAAUAAGCUUCAACUAGCCGGUUCUCAAGGGAAAAUUUCUCCGCGAAUUCCACAACAUCUAAACGUACAAAGAUAUAGUCAAGUAUCGCCUAUUUAUGGUUCCCAAGAAAGAAUGUCACGUUCAAGAACACCGGAUCAUAUAAACAUUCAAAACCACGCACAAAUAUCUCCGCAUUACGAUAUUAAAAUCAAUGCGGAUUGCCACGAACGAUCUCUAAAUAGUACAAGGAGAUCACCAACACCGAAUAUCCUAUUACAAAAUACAGAGCUAUCUACAGUUAGACCACAAAGCUCUCGGUCAUCUACACCUGUAGAUUUACGAAUACCACCACAAUCUAAUAAGCAAUCGCCUCAAAAAGAAGAGAUGAGAAGAAGCGUGGAAGCUUACUAUUGGAAGGAAAUAAAGAAAUUAAAAGAAUUAGAAAACAGAGAUUUGUAUUACUACCAAGUACAAUACAUGCCGUUCGGAUAUAGCGAGGAACCUAUAAGCAUCAGAAAGUCUAGAAGCUCUUCGCCGUCUCAAAGAAAUGGCAGAAGAAGUUUAAGCUUACCAAGAGAACAAAAAUCACAUGUACAGCAAACAACAGAAGUAGAUGGUUACGGAAGAUUUCAACCUAUGCCUAUCCCAGAAGGUAGAGCUGUCGUCAAUUAUUCAAAUUACUAUAAUCAAAACUUGAGAAGAAACGCUCCCGAAAGGCGAACCAUAGACGCUGUUCCAAGGAAUGGUAGUAAUUCGAUGAAUAGACCAAUUUUUAAGAGAGGCAGUCUCACAGCUCCCGUUAGGGAGGUGAUAGAAGAUCAGCAGUACAAAAAAGUUAGUUUUGGUAACAGACAAGACGAAGAUGCGUGGCCUACUAGGAACGGAUAUACACAAUAUCCGCCUCAAAGACCAAAACGUGUAGAAAGUACAGAUGACGAUGUUUUCUUGCCCAAUUCACAACAAACAACUAAACUAAUUGUUGAUGGUAAAGAAAUAUAUGGAUAUACCAACAGACCCUACGAUAAUUUAGUAGUUAGACAGCAGGAGUCACCAUACUACCAAAAUGCCAAUUUUUAUCGACAAAUUCACCAAGAGCUACCACCAUCAGAAGAUCCUAGGAGUAUGCCUAGAUACAAUACCACUCAACUUGCAGAGCCCACAUAUAUACAACACCAAAGAGUGUCUAGAAGGAUGUCAUUCGAUAAUGUCCAGCCCCAAAGAAGACAAAUAUACGUAAAAGACGACGUAUACGGAUACUUCGGAGGAUAUGUGCCAGGAGAUCAACAAAAUGUCGUGUACGCUUCAAGGCAAAACAUAGAUGAAUCUUUGUACGGUUAUAGCCGAGGUGUUCCUAAACAAAUAACAGUUAGAGAUAAAGUUUGCGAUAUGUACGGACAAAUCCAUGAUAGAAACAGUCCAUCAUUAAAUGUAAAAAAAUCUGGUGUUAUACUUGGACAAGUACAACAGCUGCAAAAUUCUUCUUAUUCCCCGUUGCCGAAUCAAAACUUUGUAAGAAACUCUAGAUUAACGGCAAGUGCUAACGAUAUGUAUAGACGCUAUCAAAACGGUGAUCCUAGAUAUACUAAUAAUGUGAUAUAUGACAUAGCCCCUUCUAGACCUUUACCGCCUGUUCCUACGGAAAAAAAAGUGCAUGUACGACAUAAUAUGGAUAAUGGGGCUGAAAUUAAUGAUUUAGGGAUAAACAAUAGUGCCGGGAAAACUAAAAAACGUGCAGUUUUUGGUAAGUGAGUGUCAAGAUAUUUUGAGAGUUUGAGAGAUGGUUUUAUCAUCUUCUUUAUGCUACAUACUAACUACUAUCCUUCAUCUUUCCCUUGCCCUCUUCAAGUCUUGAUCAAAUUUUCUGUGUGUCUUUCCUAUUCCAAUUCAAACAUGAGAUUCUUCGAAAUUAGUAGAAAUAUAUCUAUAUAAGUAACUUUAAGAAGGAUAGGAAACAAACAAUGAGAUGAUAUUGUUAUAUUUUCAUUUAUAUAAACAACAAAAUUAGCACUCUAUCGAAAAGUAUGUAUAAUGAGUAAAAUUGAGGGUAAUUAGAUUCAUUCUACGACGUGAAAUAAUUUCCAUAUUUCCAUUUAUUUUUGUAUUUUCUAAUAGUAAUGGUUUGAGACAUCUUGUAUAUAUCAACAAAAAUAAUAAUAUAGACGAUAAUAAACACUACAGAAACUCAACAACUUAUGAACUUUUUUUCUGUAAUUUGAAGGUUUAUAAUUAAGACAAACAAGUUACAGUAUAUGAAAGUUGAUUAUUAUGAUUGCUGGAAUAAUGUUAAUAUUUUUUAUAGUUCUGUAAUGAGUACCGACAUUCUAAAAAAAACUCCAGAAAAUUCCAUUAAGACCCUAAAUUACCGACUUGUUCCUAGUCAGAGCAGUUGAAUCGUUACCUAUAUAAUAUUUAUCAAUACGGUGUUUCGGAGAGAUAAUGAUGAACAGUUAAGUUCCAUGAAUCUAGCACGACAUUUUGCAGGAAAACUUUUGAUCAACAAUACACGAAAAUACUGAAUAUACUGUUUACACUUUUACUACAUCACUACUCAUAAUUACACUGUUUGAUGCGCGUUUCGAAAACCAAAUUAUUGUCUUCAGAUAUUGAAGGUAAAACAAGUUAGUGUAGUUGUGAUUGUUGGUGUAGUGCUAGUGUAAACAGUGUGUCCAAUAUGAAUGUCACCAACUUUUACACCAAAAAUCAUGAUUCACGCAAAAAGUCAACGCAUUCAAGGCAAUAUAAAAAUAAAGACCUAUAAUUGAAGCUUUAAUUUAAAAGAACUUAAUACAGGAGUUUAAUAAAAACUUGUUGUUCGUCCCAAUAUUCACAAAACGACUUUUUCAGUAUAACGGAAGAGUAGUUAUUUGUUUCUGUUUUUGAUUCUCAAUUUGGAAACAGUUCAUAUGUUAAUUGAAAACCUACUUAGAAGCCACAAAAAAUAGAUUACGAAGAAUUUUUUGGAAAUAAGAAAGUAGAAAAUAUAUAUUUCUCAUAUAUAUAUAUAUUGUUGUUUUUUUCCCAAAAAUGUCCACCAGGUAAAUUUAAAUAUGUAAUUUUUUCCUGAUACCAACAUUUAAAUACUUUCAGUAAAGUUAAUUAAGCAUUUUUUUAUGAAAAAGUGUUUGUAAAUUACUCUUGGCUCGUUAAAAGAGAAAUUUUUCUACAGAAAGGCAGAAAUUAAUUAACAACUUUCAGAUGUGUUAUAAUUUUUAUGUACCCUAUACAUAACCUAAAAUUUGCAAGAUUUCCUAUAAUUUCUAAAAAAAUGUAAUGGAAAAAUAUAUAUGAGUAAUCUUAUUAUUAAAAAGAUGAUAGUAGUAAUGAUAAAUUUGGAAUAGGUGGUUUCGACAAAGUAACUAAUUUAGUUUAUUUGUUUUAUGAUAACAUUAAUUAGAGAAACCUGUCCGUAUGAAAUUGGAUUGUUAUUCAAAUAUACACAAUUAAUAUUUGUUGAAAUUAAAUAUGUUUUAUCAGAAUUUCGAAUACAGUCAUAUUUUUAGAACCCUUUUAGGAUCAGCAUUUUAAGAAUAACUGUAGCAAUUUUUUCUAAUUAAUCAAUUGCCAUUUCUAUUGUUUAAUUUGUUUCAUAAAUUACUAUGACCUUUCUAUUAAUACCGAUUUGAAUCUAUAAUUUGAAACGGAUGCAUAUUUUCUGAUUUUAUUUUUAGUUUUGCCUUUAUUUUUCUUCUCUAAUGAAUUUGGUUUCCAGAUUUAACAUGUAUUUAAUAUAAAUUUGAUAGAACCUUCAUUUUUCUUUUAUAUGUUUUAUUCAUUCAAUCCUCUUGAAUUUGUAUUUACAUAUGUGUAUAACUAACAUAAAACGUAAAACCCUCUUUCAAAUCUCAAAAUCUUGAAUUAAGACUGCACUUGAAUAAUUUUUAUUCUGUGUAAAAAUAUUAUGUAGACUUUUUUAUAUAAAUAUAGCUUCUAUGUAUAAAAUAUGUUUACCAGUGCUAUUUUUCAUGUUAUCGAAAUAAAUAUAAUACUAAAAACUUU